UAUCAUAUGCAACAAAGCCAAAAAAUCUCAACAAUCCUGUUUCCUCUGUUUUCUUUCCUCUGUCUCAAAACACCAUCAUGUACUACAAACUCAAAACCACCACCACAACAACACCAACAACAACAACUUCUUCACCAAUCCCAAUCAAUCUUCCCACUAUGCUCUCAAACUCUCCUCCAUCUUCAUCUUCUUCCCCUCCCUCACACUCUCCCACACCUUUCCCUUCACCCUCUCAGGGAUCUCCAGCUCCUGCUCCGCCUUCUCCGCCGCCGCCUGUGGUCGUUAGCCCCUGUGCUGCCUGCAAGAUUCUCCGCCGCAGGUGCGUCGAGAAGUGUGUCCUGGCUCCCUAUUUCCCUCCCACCGAUCCCCUCAAAUUCACCAUUGCUCACAGAGUCUUUGGAGCAAGCAACAUCAUCAAGUUCUUGCAGGAGUUACCAGAGUCCCAGAGAGCAGAUGCUGUGAGCAGCAUGGUUUAUGAGGCAAAUGCUAGGAUCAGAGACCCAGUUUACGGGUGUGCAGGAGCAAUAUGCCAACUUCAGAAGCAAGUGAGCGAGCUUCAAGCACAGUUGGCAAAAGCACAAGCUGAGGUAGUGAACAUACAGUGCCAACAAGCGAAUUUGGUGGCUCUAAUCUGCAUGGAAAUGAGUGAAACGCAGGAGCAGCACAUGGUGCAGCCUCAACCUCACAUUGACAUGAGCUGCUUCAUAGAGGACAACAGUUUUGGAACUGCUUGGGAGCCUCUUUGGACAUGAAGUUAAUGAAUGCUAUAUAUGUAUCUUAGAAAUUUCCAUUAGAGAGAGAUUAAUUUGUUCUAUAGUAACUGGUGAAGUUUUCAACCUCCCAAGUGGAGGAAGAGAUAAUGAAAAUUAUACUGAGGGAAUCCAUUUUCAAUAAAGUCAUUAAUUAGUUA